GCUGCCUUCCUCUCGCGCAGGUGCAGUGCUCCUGCUUCCGGGUCGACGGCGGGCAGGCGGAGCUUGUAUUCGCAUCGAUGUGAGCGCGUGGCGAUUGCUUCUGUCUGUUGUUUAGCUAUGGAAGCUGCCUGGUUGCUGCGAGGCUGCAGGAACCCGGGUCGGGGUCUAGUUCCGUGCUGACCGCCCCCGGGGUCGAGUAGACGAUGGGGGAGCCUGGCUUCUUGGUCACGGGAAACCGCGCCGGUGGUCGGAGCUGGUGCCUGCGGCGGGUGGGGAUGAGCGCCGGGUGGCUGCUACUGGAAGAUGGGUGUGAGGUGACUGUAGGACGAGGAUUUGGUGUCACAUACCAACUGGUAUCAAAAAUCUGCCCUCUGAUGAUUUCUCGAAACCACUGUGUUUUGAAGCAGAAUCAUGAGGGUCAGUGGACAAUUACGGACAACAAGAGUCUAAAUGGUGUUUGGCUGAACAGAGAGCGUCUGGAACCUUUAAGAGUCUAUUCCAUUCAUAAGGGAGACUACAUCCAACUUGGAGUGCCUCUGGAGAAUAAGGAGAAUGCAGAGUAUGAAUAUGAAGUUACUGAAGAAGACUGGGAGACGAUAUAUCCUUGUCUUUCCCCAAAGAAUGACCAGAUGAUAGAAAAAAAUAAGGGAUUGAGAACUAAAAGGAAAUUUAGUUUGGAUGAAUUAGAGGGUCCUGGAGCCGAAGGCCCUUCAAAUUUGAAAUCCAAAAUAAACAAAGUGUCUUGUGAAUCUUGUCAGUCAGUGAAAUCACAGGGGAGAGGUGAAGUGGCCAGUACACCCUCUGAAAAUUUGAAUCCUAAGUUGGCUGCCCUUGAGCCAAGUAAGAAGACCACAGGGGCUCCCAUUUACCCUGGCUUCCCCAAAGUCACAGAGGCUCAUCAUAAGCAGAAAGCCUCAAACUCUUCAGCAUCUCAGAGCACCUUACAGCUGUUUAAGGUGACCAUGUCCAGGAUUCUGAAACUGAAAAUACAGAUGCAGGAAAAACAAGAAGCUGUUAGGAAUGUGAAAAAGCAGACCCAAAAGGGGCACUCAAAGAAAAUUGUGAAGAUGGAGCAGGAACUGCAGGACUUACAGUCCCAACUGUGUGCAGAGCAGGCUCAGCAGCAAGCAAGAGUGGAGCAACUAGAGAAGACUUUCCAGGAAGAGGAACAGCAUCUUCAGGGUUUGGAGAUAGUGCAAGGAGAAGAGGACCUGAAGCAACAGCUGGCCCAGGCUCUGCAGGAGCAUCGGGCUGUAAUGGAAGAGCUAAAUCGCAGCAAGAAGGAUUUUGAAGCAAUUAUUCAAGCCAAGAACAAAGAAUUGGAGCAGACCAAGGAAGAGAAGGAGAAGAUGCAAGCACAGAAGGAAGAAGUUCUCAGCCACAUGAAUGAUGUGCUAGAGAAUGAGCUCCAAUGUAUUAUUUGUUCAGAAUACUUCAUUGAGGCUGUCACCUUGAACUGUGCCCACAGUUUCUGUUCCUACUGUAUCAGUGAAUGGAUGAAGCGGAAGAUAGAAUGCCCCAUUUGUCGGAAGAACAUUGAGUCCAAAACAUACUCUUUGGUUCUGGACAAUUGCAUUAAUAAGAUGGUAGAUAAUCUGAGCUCAGAAGUGAAAGAACGACGGAUUGUUCUCAUUAGGGAACGAAAAGGGUCUCACUCUGUGACCAGACUGGAGUGCAGUGGCGUGAUCACAGCUCACUGCAGCCUUGGCCUCAGGCGAUCCUCUUACCUCAGCCUCCCAAGUAGCUGGGACCACAGGCGCAUGCCACCACACCCAGCUAAUUUUUUGUAGAGACAGGGUUUCACCAUGUUGUCCAGGUUGAUCUCAAACUCCUGAGCUCAAGCAAUCUACCCGCCUCGGCCUCCCAGAGUUCCAGGAUUACAGGUGUGAGCCACUGUACCUGGCCUAAUUUUUUUCCCAUCACUCAGUCUUAUUGGCAGCUGAGAAUAUACAGUUUUAAAUGACAAGAGCAUCAUAGGAACUAUUCAUCCAGUGAAACUAAAUAGAGGUGCGCUGUGGGAUUAAUUGGACUGUAUGGAGUAGCAACGCAGGAAGUCCUAGAACCUCGAAUUCCUUAUUGUCUCUGUAAUCCUGUGAUUUCAGAAUGGUCCUUCCAUCUGGAGGGCCACAGGCUCCUCUCUGACUUUGUGCUCUGUGGUAGAGUGUCUUCUCCCUUUCACCAAAAUCUACUACCGUCCUGCAGGCACCCAGAAAAGUUUUCACAGCUUCGGAGAGUGGCUUUCUUAGAUGCUAUUAAUCAUCCUUCAGUGCAUCCUAAAUGUAAAGAAGAUUGAGUUUGAGGGAACCGUGCAUGCCAGAGUUGAGAGAUCCAGGGCUGACUUUGACUGCCUGGCUACAACAGCUUUAAAUACACCCUGAGGAAUCCAACGCAGGAGAGUCAGUGACUCCAGUGAGCCCUACACCAUGCUGUACUGAAAGUGAAAAUCAAUGCUUGCUGGCCACGGUGGGAUCCCAUUGCUCCUGGAGGCUGCAGCCCAGCUAGCAGCCCACCAGCCCAGCUUCUCCAUCAGGCUGGGAAAAAGGACCUGGAGAUGGAACGUGAGCAGUUCUGGCCAUCUCUGGUGUUUACCAGGAGACAUUUCAGAUUAUUCAUUGCUGUUUCCCACAGUAAAAGUUUCUCCUGCCCUUUUUUGGUUUUUAGUGAUAACACAGUUAUUUUGGCUUUCUAAAAAGUGGAUCCUCCUUCCCUCCGAACAUGUAAUUUUAUGAUUUUUCACACCUACUUCCAGGAAUGUCUAUUUUAGCAGACUACCUGUGCAAAUAUAGAGCAGUGUCAUUAACGAAAGCAGCUUUUCUUUGAGUUUCUUGGUUAACCCUAGAUGAAUACUGAAUAUUUUUAGAGCAAGCUCGAGUAAGUUGAUAGUCUAUGAACUAAUCCUAGAGAGUGGCUGAUUAUAUCUAAUCAGCUGGAUAUAUAUUUUGUCCCAACUGUCUGCUGCUGUGGUUCUUAAUAAAUCUGAUAUAACCAGACAUGCUCCUUUUCCUGGCUGGGGCUUCUAUUUCAAUUACUUUCUGUACCCUGGAGAGUCUGGACUGCUUUUACCCUUGUCUCAUUAAACUUGAACCAGAACCAACCCCAAAGAAACACCUCUUCUUGCUUCCUUUCUUCUGGGUCUUUCCUUUUUUUCUGUCGCCCAGGCUGAGUGCAGUGGCAUGAUCUCAGCUCACUACAAACCUCUGCCUUCUGGGCUGAAGUGAUCCUCCCACCUCAGCCUCUCUAGUAGUUGGGACUACAGGGGUGUGCCACCAUGCCUGGCUAAGUUUUUGUGUUUUCUAUAGAGAUGGGGUUUCAUUAUGUCACCUGGUCUUGAACUCCUGGUCUCAUAGGAUCAACCCACCUCAGCUUCCCACAGUGCUUGAGUUACAGGCAUGAGCCACCACACCCAGUCCUGGGUCUCCCCUUUUUCUUAGCACCUACUGAAUGCCAAGUGCUUGGGGAUAAAAAUGAAGAGGGCAUAUGCAGCCUCUGCCCUCAUGGAACUUCUGCUCUAGGUGCAGGCCCUAGGCUGCUUGAAGUAAAGUGCUACAAUAUGAGAGGUAAAGGGUGGUAAGUCAAGGAAAGGCUUCCCUAAGUCAGUGAAGGACAUGGAGCAAAAGCAAAGGAUUUUGAGGGGCUGGGAGAAAUACAGAGUGCUAGAGAGAAUGUUGAGCAUUGAGGCUGGAAAAAUGGGCAGAACUGGGUCAUGGUGUUACAGACAUGUUGCAGCAUUAGUCUAGGGGCAGGGGAAACUAUCAGAAGAUACUAAGUGGAGAUCUGACUGUUGAUGUUUGUGUGCUUCUGGAUAGGUUAGUCUGGCUGUAGUGAAGAGACUACAUGGUACUGGGAACAAGAAUAAAGGUAGUAAUCAUGGCCGGCGAUGAUAGUGGCUGGGCUAGAGAAGUAGCAGCAGGGAUGAAGGGCCAGAGUGGAUAGAUGCAAGAGGUAGUUACGGAGGCAGAAUCUACAUGUUUGUGGGACUGAUGUGCUGUGGGGAGUGCAAGCGAGCUCAGAUCAUGCCCAGGUUUCUUUCUAUUAGGGGCACCUGAGUUGAUGAUGAUGCAUUUACUAAAAUAGGAGCAGCUGGGGCAGAUAAUGUAGUUUUCAACUGAAAAGUUUAAAGCUCUUGACAUCAGUGGAGCUGUUGUUCAGUGGGUAUUUGAAUAUGUGGAUCUGGAGCCUAGAGGACAGGCCCAGUUGAGAUUCUAGGUUUGGGGACCAUGAGCCAUGGAAGUGGAUGGACCACUGACCCUCUCUGUGGUGCUAAGAGCCAAAGGGCAAGUUCUUAGUCGGAGAAACACAAACAUUUAUGGGAUGAGUAGAAGAAGAGGAGCCUGCAGAGCAGGCUGAUGAAUGGCCAAAGAGAAAGAGAUGGAAAAGAGGGAUGUGGGGCAGGCAGCAAAUGACAUCGGAAUUGGCACAUGCCGAUCCUCACAGCUACUUGGGAGGCUGAGGUGGAAGGAUCACUUGAAGCCAGGAGUUCAAGACCAGCCUGGGCAACAUAGUGAGACCCCCCCCCCAUCUCAAAAACAAUUAGGCAUGGUGGCACAUGCCUGUGGUCCCACCUACUCAGGAGGUUGAGGUUGGAGCAUCCCUUGAACUCAGGAAUUUAAGGCUCCAGUAAGCUGUUACUGUACCACUGUUCUCCAGCCUGGGCAAAAGAGCUAGACUCCGUCUCUCUCUUUCUUUUUUUGAGACUGAGUCUCACUCUGUCACAAGGCCGGAGUGCAGUGGUACAAUCUCGGCUCACUGCAGUCCCUGCCUCAGCCUUCCGAGUAGCUGGGACUACAGGUGUGCACCACUAUGCCCAGCUAAUUUUUGUAUUUUUAGUAGAGACAGGUUUCACCGUGUUGGCCAGGAUGGUCUCGAUCUCUUGACCUCGUGAUCCACCCACCUCGACCUCCCAAAGUACUGGGAUUACAGGCAUGAGCCACCGCACCAGGCCCCCCCCAUCUCUUUAAAAAAAAAAAAAAAGACGUUAGAUGGUGUGUUUUGAGUUCUCCUGUCCACACUUUUGUCUGUGUUAGCCUCUCCCCAUUACAUCCUAGACAUUGCCCUCUUAAUUCUUUGAAAGCAUUUGCCAGAUUGAAAUAAUAUUUGUUAGUGUACUCUUGCCUCUAGAUUUCUGAACUCCUGGAGGGCAGGAAUUUCAUCUUAUUACUUGUAGUAUUCUCAGGGCAUAGAAGAGUGUUUGGCACAUGGUAGGUCUUCAGUAAACUCUUCAGUUUAUGAAGAAUUUUAAAGUGAGAAGUCAACAUUUGAAAUGCUGCUGAGACAUUAAACAAGAUAAGGAUGAAAAAUUGCCCAUUGAAUGUGCAGGCAUGUGGGAUAUCGGUGGCUUUAAUAGAAGUUGUGGGAUGGUGGAGUCAAGUCAGUUUACAGUGAUUGGGGAAUGAGUUUGAGGUGAGGGAGUACAGAAAGAAUAGAUAACUUCUUCACAAAAUUUGACUAUGACUAAGAUGGUGAGGACCACCACCAAAAGAGGGCUGUAUUUGGAGGAGGAAGUAGAGUGAAAUGGAGUUUUUGUUGUUUUUUUAAAGACAAGAGAUUCGAGCAUGUUCAAAUCUCAAAUUGAAAGGAACCUGUAGAGAAGGGGAUGUGGGAAAGCCGAGAUAGCGGACAGGGUGUGAUUCUGUGGAAGGCAGAGCUCAGACAGGCAUGGAAGUUUACUUGAGGAGAGUCGAGAGAAUUUCUUUCUUGUGGCUUCUGUGUUCUUCUGUGAACUAGUAGUUGAGGCCAUCAGCUAAGAGGGAGGGAGCCCCACUUGGUUCUCCCUCUAAGACUGAAGGCAUCCCCAGCCCCAAGGCACACCACCUCAAAGGCUACCCAGAAGUGGUAGACAAAUAAUUUUUGUAGCCCUUUCAGUCUCCUACCAAAGCAUUCUAGACUUUGGUCUCAGAGAAAGGGGACACUUUGCUUGGUGACUUUAUUGUGCCUUUGGCAUAGGCCAGGAUCUCCACCUUUCUGGGAUCAAGGAAGCAGAAGCUAUUGGAAAAGCCUGGAGGCUAGUAAGUAAAUAGCCUUUCUUGUCCCCUCCCUCUCCAGAUAGAGGAAGAACUCCCUCCUCUCCCUGCCUGUUCCUGUAUAUAAUUCAUUCCCUCCUUUAACAUCCUUUUACAGAUAUUUAUUGAGGGCCAGGUUGGUGUUAGGCACUGUUCUACAUGCCGGGGUUACAGAAAGUAAAAAUCUAAGUUAGAUGUCAUUUGUGCUAUGGAGAGAAAUCAAGCAAGAAGUGGGGAAGGGGUGAUGGUGAAAGCCUUGGCAGUUCUUGUUAGGGUAAUCAAGGAAGGUGCCUCUGAGCAGGUACUAUUUGAGGGAGGCUCUGAAGGAGACGGCCAUGCUGCCAUGUAGAGAAAGAGGGAAUGGUAAGGGGGAGCAUGCUGGCGUGUGGGAGGAGCAGCAAGGAGGCCAGUUCUGGGGAGCGGUGGGAGUGGGUAGGAGAUGAGGAGAGGAAGCUUGGGCAAGGCGCAGAUGGUGUAGGGCCUUGUAGGCCUUUGAAAGGACUUUUACUAUGAGAGGAAUGGGGAGUGGGCUUUGAGCAGAGAGGGACAUGAUCUGACUUCUGUUUUCUCAGUUUGCUGUGGCUGCUGUGUGAGGAAGAGAUGGGGUGGCGAGGCUGGAAGCAGGGAGUCCAGGGAAGGGAACUGCAGGCUCCUCAGUUACUUAUUUCUCUUUUCUUUUUCUUCUAAG